GAGAAGACAUAUUUGCCGCCCAAUCAGUUGACUGGCAGCCACUCAGUCUCGAGUUAUCGGCUAUUCCGCGGUUGGUCAGCCCCGCCAAGCAACCAACCUGGCAUCGCGCAAACAUUAGGGGAUACUCUCUCGAUAAUCCACACUGGUCGGCGGUCUUCACCUCUCGCGGAGUACGGCGCCCAUCCUCAACUGAAUGCCUUCGUAAUCGAUCCAUUCACAGGCCGUCUUUCGCCCUGUCGGGCCCUCGCUGGGGCGUCGGACACGAAAUCACAUCGCGGGCUAGGUAUUGAUUCUUGCAAUAUCCAGCCAACGGGGGGACUGAGCAGGCAACAACGGCGUCGCCCCUGCUUUGCGAAAGACCAAUUGUUGAUUCCGUCACAGUCAUUACCGACAUCUCCCGGACUGACUCCCAUACCGAGCUGCUCCUGGCCUUGGCCGAAACGGAGAAAUGCCGAGACCACAAAAUCCUGACAUUCUCAAACUCCAUGGACGGCCUGCCGUAUUUGGGUUAGAUCAGAUCAUCCGCGACAACAACAAGACCGUUGCCCUUGUCGAGAGAAUCGGUCGUCUUAGCCUGGCUCGCCUAUCCCUAAACUCUACAUACGCCAAUUCCAAUACCGGUCACAUUACGAACACUUCACUACCCGUCUCGAUGGAGAUUGCUCCCGCUCGUGAGAAGCAACUCGAAAUUUGCGAAAUGUACGAACCCACGACUAGUCCCGCGUACACCAGCUUUCCGGACACCACUUCUGAAAUCCCAAAGGACUCACGCUUUUCUUUUCAUAUUUUGUCGAGGAGCUUUCGGCGUAGACCUGACUCGCUCUCUUUGGGAAAGGUCUCUUCUUUUGUUCCCGUCUCUCAACGGAAGCAGGAUCUCUACGACGCCAUGGCCAGGUCCCUAGGUGGCGACGUCUUCCUCACUGUCAUGGGGGUUCGCAUCAUUCGAACCGACGAGGGCGUUGAGGCUUCGGUCCAGAACGCCGAUAGGUUAAACCGUCAUCCGCGCGAAAGGCUUCUCAUAGCCUUCGAGCCCACCCUGAGGAACCUGGGUGCGAUUGAUCUUGACGAGAAAGAGGCUGCCAAUUUCUCCAAAUGGGAGUGGUCUCACGUACACGUUGAGGUCAUCUCCCAGCCCUAUCUUCUCAGGUGGCAUUAUCUUGCCAACCGCGACCCCAACAACUGA